GUCCUUCCGUCCAUCCAUCGUCCUUCGGGCCUCCGUCAGCCAUCUGCCGCCCACCCCGAGCCCGGGAAGGGCCGGGGGGCCGUCCUUGGCCCGGCCCCACCCGGCACGUGUUUCCCCCUGCUCGAGGCCCGGGCUGGCCGAAAGCAGGCGGCGGGACCCAGGGACCGGUCAGCAGCAGCAGCAGGAGCAGCAUCCACCGAAACCUCCGCCCAAUUUCUCUCCAUAAUAAUAAUAAUAAUAUGGCCCUCAGGCGGAGGAUCCUUCCCUCCUGGAUGACCACCGGGCCUGCCAACGGGAAGGCUAACACGGACCCCGCCGUCAAGGCUCCGGCCGAAGAGAGCGUCGGCGAGGAACGGACCGUGUACUGCAUGAACGAAGCCGAGCUGGUGGAUGCGGCUCUCGCGAUCCUGACGGAGAGCCAGGAGCAGGAAAGACCCCCGGAGCCCCCGUCCCCAGCUGGAAGCGACAGCCCCCAGCUCCCGUCCGCUCAGCCGGAGUCUCCCAGGAGCCCCGAGAGCAGCGGCGAUGCCAAUCUCGACACGGGCCUUGUCCCCUGGGGCCUGGUGGGCUCCCAAGAGGAGGAGGAGAAGAAGGAAGAGGAGGAAGAUGAUGACAUGAAAUACGUCAGGGAGAUAUUUUUCAGCUGACACAAGGGAUUGUGGUGCCAAGGCCUUGCUCUACGGAGAGAGUCCUGAGAGCCUCCCAAACCUUGGGCUGUUGGUUAGACCCUGUUAAGGGCGGGAACGGCCAACAUCGGACGUUCUGGGGGUGAGCUGGGCUACCCGAAAACCCAUUCCCUCUUCCACCAACAGUGCCUCAGCCGAGUCCAGGCCAAGACCAAGGCAGGAUUUGGGAGGGGAGGGGGUGACCCGGGGCAGGAAAUGGGUUCCCACGGAUCGGGGCAGGGACCGUCGUCACGGCAGGUGAAAGGAGGCUUAAGAGGAAAAGUGUGUUUGCAGAGUGUCAGGGCCCUGGCUGGGCUGUAGGAGUGGGGCAUUAGCAGCUUCGGAGGGGGGAGGGAAGGACCAGAACGGCAGCUCCAGCCCCAUCCCCUCCACUCCUAGGAGUGGAUUUGUCAUCUUUUCUCCCCAGCUCCUUCCCAGAGGCAACAUGAGUGUGGGAUACCAACCCCUGCCCCCGUCUUAGGACCCCUGUGGGUGGAGGAGUGUGCUGGAUGGAGACUCCAAUAGGCGGAUGCUGAGGUGGGGGUGGGCACAGGUCACCCCAUGACGCAAGGGUCCCUUCCUCCCGGCCAUCGACAAGCAAGAAAGGAUUUGGCCGGCACCACCAAGGAUCGGU